AUGUUUCCCAUCGACCGUGCGCAUGCAAACCCGGCAUUUGAGGCAUACAAGCUCGGGGAAGACAACAAUGUGUCUGUACAUCAAGUACCACUCCCUCAGCGUGUGCUAGGAACCAAUGCAAAUGCGGCUGUUCCACUCGCGUACAAGAAACUCAAGGCUCGUGCUAUGCACUCGCCGCUCGCCACGCACGACGGCACCGCAGGCGCCUAUAUCGCUGAAGACGGCAGGAUAAUCCUCCUAUCAUGGGCCGAUGCGGCAGUCUCUUGCUUGAACCUUUGUUCAAUUCCCUCCUCUGUGUACUCGCGCACGUCUGACCACUUGCCGACUCUUGUUGCAGUCGAUGCGUCGACGUGGCUAGCCUGUGGCGACUCAGAUACUCUUUUAUGGGUACAGUAUAUCAGAUCCAGCGGAAAUCCUGGCGCUUCCACUUGUGUGCUCACUCUUCCGACGCUGCAGGGUACUCUGUCCGAAGCCCAGUACUCACCAUGGACUCUUGUGCAGGCAACAGCGGAUAGCGAUGGCCCCAUAUAUGCGCUCCUGCAACGGGCAUGCCGUGUGCCUGCUAUUCAUCAAAACUCAGGUGCCUCUAGUGUGUCACACACGUUUUUUGAUGUGAUGCUCAUCCGCGCUGCCUUCUCUAUCGAUGAGGAAGCACAUGCCGCAGAGCUCAUGUGGUGUGUCGAGUGUCACGAGCCCGUGGCAUACGCCUGCAUCGCAAAUGGAGCGUGCCUCUUGGGUGCAGAGGCGCCAUUCAUGUCGCGGUCCGUUGCUAAUAAGCCUGAUGCAGGUUUGGCAUCGCAACGCUCGUGUACCUCGGCACCGACGCUGCCACCGCUCGAAAAGGCACCGUAUACAUGGACGCAGACAGGUGACACGGUCAUGGUGGCCCUCGCGCUGCCAGAGUAUAUCCGUGCCGAAGACAUUCGUGCGCACUUUUCGCUGCAUGGGCUCAGUGUAAGCCUCGCUGCGUCGUCGGCGCCUGAUCCUUCCGCAGCGAUGACGCCUGGCGAGCAGGUACUGCGGGACGGUGCAUUUACGUCGCAGAGCGUAUGGGCCCAGCUGGACCCUACGGGCAGUGUUUGGACGCUUGAGCCGGGCGCCUCGAUGCAGCUGCUGACUCUGCACCUUGCCAAAGCGCAUGAAGGCACGCGCUGGCCGCAUGUCUUUGCGCACGAUGACGGGGUCCUAGAGACACUCGAUCCGUCCGAGCUGUCAGCUAUGCUGCAAGGACUUGACAAAUACGCACAGCCCCUACCCUCGUCGACGCUGCUGCACGAUACGCUCGAGGACGACGUCAAUGAUGGCGGCACCCCGCUGCAGCUUGCGUGGGUUACCCCAGACGGGCACAUUGAAAUGGCACCCGCUUCGUCCCAUGCUCUUCUGGCGCGUGCAACACCUCCCAGUGAUCCUGCACUUCUUCUUCAACACGAUGUCGAUGGACAAGUCUUUGUGCCGCCAUCGCCACUGGCAUGGGCGCCAUGGCGACAUGUUGCGACAGUACCGGCCAUCAGCUAUGUCCUUGCAUCGAAGCGAGAUAUUCACCCCGUGUAUGUGUAUCGUGGCACCGCCACACCCACUGUCCUUGCCGCCGAGCCGCGUUAUGCGCCCGAUGCACACAGCCGGGGCAGUCACCUGUAUAUGUAUGGAGCGACUAGCACACAGCGCGGUACGAGCUAUGUGUGGCCUGUGGGCGAUCCUGUGACGGGCCCUGUACUUGGUCUAACUGUGGCGCCGGACGGGCGCGUCGUGUGCUUGUGCGCUACGGCUCUAUUGGUGCUGACCGAGGCGCUGCCCGCAACGCUCGCCAGCGCUUCCGCAAGUACUGCUUGA